CCCUCUAUUGAUAUAUACACGUAGCAGCGGAAGCUGUCCAGCUGUAAGUUAUAACAAGUCACAUCAAUUACAGGGACGACUGUAAGCUUAUCGACUGAGCAAUCUGCUGGAAUCACCAGACCGAAGAUGGAAGUUUCGACCUCCGAACUCGAACCAAAGGGUACUUCCAAACAGAGCAUCGAUAAUAGGGAUGAGAAGUUUCCAGAAAAACCAGAAGAAGAACGUCAAGAAAGUCCGAACGAUUACCGCUGGGGAGGUUACCAUCCGGUUCAGCCGGGAGACGUCUUCCAGGAGCGAUACCAGGUCAUCCGGAAGCUAGGCUGGGGCUAUUUUUCCACUGUUUGGCUUUGUCGGGAUCUACAGGGAGAACGUUACGUGGCGUUGAAAAUCGUCAAAUCGGAGAAAAUUUACACCGAAACUGCGGAGGAUGAGAUUGAAAUACUCAAAGCAGUAAGGGAAGCUGAUCCGGGCGAUCCGAAGCGACAGAAGGUGGUUGAGCUGCUGGAUGAUUUCAGAAUCAGCGGCGAGAAUGGUACUCAUGUUUGCAUGGUUUUUGAAGUGCUGGGAUGCGACGUGCUGAAGCUGAUCGUAAAAAGUGAGUACAAAGGUCUUCCGGUCCCUAAUGUGAAGUCGAUUGUGCGCCAGGUGUUGGAAGGACUGGAUUAUCUACACACCAAGUGUAAGGUGAUUCAUACCGAUAUCAAACCGGAAAAUAUUCUACUCUGUGUGGACGACGAAUAUGUUCGGAAGCUGGCUGAUGAAUCAUCUGAACUUCCCAAGGAAACGCAUUCUAGGACUUCGGUAAACGAGCAGAAAGAAGUUGAAACAGUCGUUGAAAAGGUUGAAGACCUCCAGAUUGAGAGCUCUAAGCGAGAACCCUGUCCAGACUCGCCAAAGCCCAGUGACACUCAGUCAAACAAAGAUCCAGCAUUCACCGUGUGCGACAGCUUCGAAAUAAAAAUUGCCGAUUUGGGAAAUGCGUGCCGGAUCGACAAGCACUACACCGAGGACAUCCAAACGCGAGAGUACCGCUCGCCGGAGGUGAUCAUCGAGUCCGGCUAUGACACUGCCGCCGAUAUAUGGAGCGUGGCGUGUAUGGCGUUCGAACUGGCCACCGGAGAGCAUCUGUUCGAUUCGGCGGAGUCGGACAGGGGUUCCAGUGCUGAUGAUACGGAUGAUUCGGAUGAGGACGGAUGUGAUGAUAUCCACCUAGCGUCCAUGAUCGAGCUGCUCGGACCGAUACCGAAAAGGAUUGCGCUGUCGGGGAAGAAGUCCCGGGAUUUGUUUAACUCGAAGGGUAAGUUGAGGGGCGUAAAGGAUGUCAAGCCCUGGGCGCUGGAUGCUAUGUUGCGGGAAAGAUAUGGGUGGAACCAGCAGGAUGCCGACGACUUCAGCGAAUUCUUGAGGCCGAUGUUGGAAUAUGAUCCGAAAGAACGAGCGACUGCGGUUGACUGUCUAGUUCAUAGAUGGUUGCUGGACUGUUUUAAGUGUUAAUUGUUGGUAUAGCUCUUCUGGGAAAUGUCGUUAAAUAAAGUUCAGCAAUAAUGAACAAACAAAUGCAGCAUAAUGUGUUUCUAUCUGGCACAGUACAAUACUUUUUGUUUGACGAAAUGACUCUUCAUUCAAUAACAAUUUUACCAUCUAAAGUCACUAUCUAUUACCAAAAUUGUCCCAAACCUAAUCCACUGUGACAUUCCUGACAAGUCAUCCACUUCUCCGGGUCACAAACGUCUUCAUCCAAUUUCCGAAAUCGGCACUGCUUGCUGAACUAAACAAACAAGCGGCUUCCGGAUUUGUCGCACUUGCCUACAACACCGGUCGUCGUCGUCGUCAGUCGUGCAUAUCCACCAGCCAUUCAUCCAUCCAUGCGAUCCAUCCCCAUACGAGAGAACGUUCACCUAUAGGUACCUACUACUGUCGUCGGGGGUUCCACCCCCACAUUUCCAAUCGUGUUAAGAGCACGUAUAAAUUACACCCCACGUCGUCGUUAUCGCCGUUGUCGUUGUCGUCGUCGUCGCAGUCGACGACUGCCGAUUAGAGGGCAGCAGCAGAGCGGACCCAUCCUAUCAUCGUGGAUCGGUUGUUGGGUCCCUCCCGGACCCGAUAUCCAUUGCAUCAUCAUCGUCGUUGUCGUCGUCAUCAUCAUGGGGGUAAUAAUGAUUACAAUUGAUUCGUUCGCAUUACACAAAUGCUCUAGGUGAUGUGUUGGCCAUUCUCUUUCCCGUCCGGUUCACGGCUCUGUGGGUGAGUCAGGCCAGCAGCAGAUAGUGGACUAGGACUCAGCGCAGCGGCCGCCGCCGCCGUCGAACAAAUGAAUGAUGAACUCGAGAAAAGUAAUACAAAUGAGCCUCCUUAAUGGAAGCGCUGAGUCGGCAGUAGCAGCUUCUACAGGAAAGCGAUGAGUGUGCAGGAAUGAUAUCCCCCGGACUACGUCCGUGUCCGUGUGGUUCUCGAGUGGAGCAUCCGACCAGUCAGUCGUCCGUCGUCGAUAUUGUAAAAUUAUUGACUAGGAUGCCCCGGUAGUCGGUCGGUUGGCUGGACCGAGCCGUAAUCAAUUUG